AUGUCCUGCCUAGCGAGAAACGAGGAUGAAUCUGACUACGGAUCAGACUUCACUCCAGAUGAAGAGGAUUUGAUAAAUAAUUUGCUGAACAAGGCCGUCGUGGAAUACGCGAACGACCCCGAGGCUAUUUUGAUCUCGACGCCAACUUGGAUCUCGACCCCAACACCCCUCGAACAAGUCACCGCCCCAAAAUCCCCAGAACUCGCCGAUCUCGAGUCAUUGCAACCAGAAGCCCUAGCGGCACUUGUUGCAGAUAUAGAGGAUGGCAUUGAGCCAGCUAGCGUUCGGCUGCCUAAGGUGCUGGGCCGGGAAAAGCCUCGUUCGCCAUGGCGGCAGUCGCAGCCUCGACCAGGUCAGGCGGUUAGACGGGGUGCGAGUUCGAGUGCAAUGGGGAGGCCAGGUCCGCACACUGGCUACAGCAACAGGCACAGCCCGUUUGUUGAGAACCCUACUUCAACCGAAGGUCGAGCAAAAGAACGCGAGCGCAACGCAGUACGCGAGCAAGAAUGGAUAAAACAGGAUCCCACCGAGGCGGCGCUCGACACUCGAACCCCCGUCGAACGAUACCGGCAAGCACCCAAUAAAGCAUUCUCAGUGACUGAUCUCGUCUCGCCAGCUUGGUGUGAGUUGCAGUACUGGCUCACGUUGACCAAACAUGGGCGGAAGAAGCCGACUGCUGCGAUGAAGAAGGGCAGCUCCAUGCACAAGACGCUCGAGGAUGAGAUAUACACUACUGUGCCCGUGGACAUCACGACUAAAGAGGACGCGUGGGGUCUCAGAAUAUGGAAUGUUAUCCAGGGACUGCGCAUGCUGCGAGAUUAUGGUGUUACGCGUGAGCUGGAGGUUUGGGGUGUUGUCGAUGGGGAAUUUGUCAAUGGUGUUAUUGAUGAGUUGUCCUACGAGUGCCCCAACCCGGAGCUUGAGGCCACUGCUGCUGGGUACUAUGCAGAUGCUGUAGCAUCGCGCACUGCGCUGCCAGAGUAUCAGAUGUCGUUGUCGGACUAUUUGCUUUCUUCUUCCCAGGGCGGGAUGAAGCUUUCGGACCUGGGACAGACUGAGGUUGAGGAAACGGGGCACAUUGAAUCGGAACUGCCUGCGGCGGUAUAUAACCUGCGCCGGAUUUAUUUGACAGAUGUGAAAACGAAGGGUAGCCGAUCAUUGCCGACUGUCAAGAGUACGGGCUUCCGGCCUACUCUUUUACAGGUUCAGUUAUACUAUCAUAUGCUUAACAGAAUGAUAACGAGUGACGAUGUCACUAUUGAACUUCUCGGCACCCGAUACGACUUCGAUGCACAGAAGCCGUUUUCAGAUACCUUCAUCUCGGAGGUUGGUGGCCUGAACGACCAAUACUUCGACGCUCUCCCCUCCCAAGAAUCUGAGCCGAACGAGGGCCCUUCUACUGCUAGCGAGGACUCAACUAGCAUCCUGCUAACACAUAACAACCUCUCCCGUCUUUGGAGUCUCAUGAUACACCAACUCCGCCUCACAUUCCUCCCCGAUAAUUCCUCCGACACACAAUCCGUUGCACCAUCUAUCCCAUCUGUUUCCCAGCCAGAGAUUCUGGAACCUUACUCUACUCUCCUCUCCCCGGUUCUCACAGCUAGAUAUCUCUCAUCUGCCGCAAACGAGGACCGAGAGAGACAGCUCAUCGGAAGCCGAUCUUUCCUCUUCGAUCCAACAUCCCUCACCUCCUACCUCACCGACCAGAUGACCUGGUGGCGCGGCGAGCGAGAUCCCCGCGGCGUGGAUAUCAUGGACGCGUGGAAAUGUCGGAUCUGCGAUUUCCGCGAUGAAUGCUCUUGGCGUGAAGAACGUGAGAUGGCUUAUGCCAGACGGGGUGGGGGUCGGAGAGCUGGGUCCGUUGCGGAUAUAUGA